AAAUUGCCUGCAUGUCAUUAUGCGAUGUGUGUCACUUAUUCCUUUCACGCUAUGAUCCAUAAUAUUGUUUGUAAUUAACGGUUUAUGUGAUCGUGUCUUGUAUGGUUUAGUAGACUAAACAUCACUAACAUGGCUCAGUGGGAAGGUUUUAGCGUCUCAGUGCGCUGCGGGUCGCCGCUAGGCUGCUACCAGGGCACGAUCCUCGCGGCGGAUGGAGCGUCCAUCACGCUCACCAAACCGUUUCGGAACGGAUUCCCUUAUCCCAAGGCUCAGGUUACGCUAAAAGCAUCAGACAUCAAAUCCCUAGAGAUUAUCUCCGGCAAGACGUCAGGUGGUACAGCGCACAGCACAGUCCCUGUCGUAGGCAAGAAGCGAGUGCCACGUGCUACGGUUGGAGAGAGCUUACAAGAACAGGCUCCGGCGCCGCCACCGCCGGUUGUUAAUAAGGGGAAGCCGGCAAAGAGCAAGCCUAUUGAUAUACAGGCUAAGAAUAGGAACAAUACUCAUGCUGGGAGCUAUGGUGCCUCUGGUUCAACGCCGAAGACUCGGGUUGCAGGCGGAGACAAGGCGCGUCGUAGAAACGAAGCGUGCUUCGGCUCUGCUGCCUUGGAGGCCGUCGACAAUGAUUUUGACUUUGAGGGAAACUUAGCACUUUUUGAUAAAGAGGCGCUCUGGCAACAAAUGCGCCCCGACGUCGUUCGCGUAGCUGCCGCCCGCGACGAAAUGGCCGCCGGCGGCAAACUGCGACACGACCAGAACGUGCUGCGAGCAACCGCGCCGGACACCGCCCCGGUCACCGUACCACCAGCGUUAAGGGGCGCUAGGGACUACGUCACCGAUUCCGGGACGAGGUUGCCCAGUGUGUCGGCGGCUUUAAGAGGAAGAUUGUGGGCAGGAUUGAGAAGGACGGAUGAUGAGACGCAGCAUACAGCGAGGGCGCUGUUCGCGCGGGCGACCGCUGAUGUGGCGUUGAAACUUGUCGGCGGGACUCGCAGACUGGACCCGCGCAACGCGCACCAGCGGCCGCUGGCCGGGCUGGUGGCGCGCGGCGGCGCGGCGGGCGCGGCGGCCGUGUGCGCGGCGCGCCUGCUGCGCGCGCACGGCGUCGACACAUACGUGGUGCCGCUCGACGACACAUGCCCAUUACUGGCAAGCGCGCUGUCCGCCUACCGCCUGUGCGGGGGCCGCGUGCUCGGGCCCACGGAGCCCCGCCCCGCGGGGGAUCUUCUCCUCCUAGCCCUACACGACCCGGAGACGUCAGUACAGCACCCGAGUACUCCCCAGAUCCUCGAGUGGGCCUCCACCUCCCGCGGCGCCCUGGUCAUCCUGGAGCCCGGCCACGAUUCCGGCCUCUGGGACUCCGUGCUACUCUCCGCUCGCGCCGUCCUUGUCGCACUGCUGCCGCCGUCCCUCUCUGCCGUGGCGCCGCGGCUGCUAUUGGCUAAUGUGGCGCCGCCUGCGCAGCUGUUUGGCGCGGUGGGCGUGGCCUAUAGAUCGCCUUUUGGCGCUGCGUCGGUGCUUGCGCUGCAUUUGGCUGAUGAUGAUGAUUGAUCUACUUAACUACACAUACUGAAAGAUGUCUUGAAAUACACUCUUUAGCAAUG